GAUGAGGACUCAUAGAUUACCUAAUCAGAACAGUGUGGCUAAGAAACUUGUGCUUGCAAUUUGACUAAUUUUUAUGCUAUAGCUAAUUUUCCGAACAUUAAGAGGACCAAAAUGUUCAGCCCACUUGGAUUUGGAACUGGCAAACGCAAGAACUUACUCACAAAGGAUUCGAAAAAUCAAGAGCUAAACUCACUUCUAGGGUCGCUGCCUAGACCGAGAAGGUUGCCUUGAAAGAGUCGCAAUUCCUCGAAGUUAGGAUUUCUGACAGCUAGAGGAAACCAAUCCAAACACUUGUCUCCAAUGACCUUGGAAGAAGCUCGGAGGUGAAGAAACAAGGACAGUAAAUUCACCGAUACAUUAUUGGACUCAAUGUCAACACCUCUUGCUCCCAGGACUAAUGCUACAGCUAUGAACUUUUGGACUCAUAAAUAAGGCUGAUAUCUCAAAAAUCGAGACCCAAAUCCAGGAAGAUAAAGAGCUAAUUAGCCAGCAACAAGGCAUCCUCAAGCAAAUCAGAGAGCUAGAAAAGAAACACAAGGUUAAAGUGCCCUACAAGCUGUACCAUACUCUUGAUAUGACUUUGAUCAAGAGAUAUUUCAAGAAGAUUCAGAGGAAGAAACAGCUCCACCAGAUGGUUGUCACUAUCCAAUCUUAUGUCAGAGGUUGGCUGCAACGCAAGAGGUAUGCCCAACAUCUGAGUAACAAACUCAGGCUUGCUAUCAAGGUCCAGCACACUUGGAAGAGGCAUCAUCAGAGGAUUAAAACAAAGAAGGAGGAAGCUAAGGCGUACCUUGCUAAGGUCAUCAGAAUCCAAUCUUUCUUCAGAGGGUUCCUUACAAGGAAAAGCUGGGAUAUUAUGAUGAAGGAAAGACUUUCAUCCAACGAGAAGUUCUUCGAGACUCUCAAAGAUCGAGUUAAGGAAGACGCAGCUGUUACUAUUCAAACUGUUUGGAGAAACCUGGUUGUCAGGCUCAGAAAAAUGAAGAGUAUCCUAAAGCUGCUCAAGAGACGAAAGAUAAGAAUCAUCAUUGAUAAAUGGAGAAAGCACCUAGUAAAAGAAAAGAAGACAAGGCUUCAGAAGAGCCUCUAUGGUACCAACAGCAAUUCUGGUAACCAAGAGAGAAGGCGAAGCUCUGUCUUUGAUAACACAGCAGGUACCAAAUUUUUCAAAAGGAAGAAGAGAGGUAGAGAUAUGGUUGAAAAUAGGACUUUGAAGCCUACUAUUCCUAAAUCGAAGGCAAAGAGAAUGAACAAAAUAAAUUCUUCAAGAAUGAAAAAUGAAAAUCAGAUUAUCAAAGAAGACAAGUCUGACUCUGAUAUUUCAAGAGAAGAUAAGCAAUCAGAAGGAAAUAUGAGCAACUCUGAUGGAGGAAGUUCAGCAAACCAGCAGCUCUCAGAUGGACACAAGGAUCGCUCCGAACAGUUUUGUGCUCAUGCAGGAGAACAGCCUGGAAUAUUUAUUGAAAAUAUGGAUGAAGAUUACACUAAGAGUCAGGAUUGUGGAACUCAUGGAGAAAUCCCUCUUUCUGGAUACAAGAAUGAUCAGCCAAUGCAGGUCUCCUCCAGCAUGGUUAUGGCCACAUCUCCAGGUCUGAAGUACAGCUUCCCUCGCCCUAACCAGGAUGGACCAAAGCCUCAAGGAAGGGAUCGAGUCAAUAAUUUGAAAUAG